CCUAGCAACGGCGGACACUUCCGCAUAGCAACCAUGGAGGGUGCUGCGUUUUUUAAAGUGUCUUUCACGUUCCCAAACAAAGACAAGUAUGAAGGGGAGUGCAAAAAGACACCCGAGGGCAAACUCCAGAGGAAUGGGCAUGGAGUUCACACCAGCGCCAACGGAAUGAUAUAUAUAGGUACCUGGAAGAACGACAAGAUGAAUGGUACUGGAAGGCUGGAACAUCCUUCUGGGGCAGUUUAUGAAGGCGAGUUCAAAGACAACAUGUUCCAUGGGGCAGGAACCUACACUUUUCCAAGUGGAGCGAAGUACAUUGGACCAUUCAAUGAAAACAAGAUGGAAGGCGAAGGAGACUUUAUAGAUGAAAACGGAGUGGUGUGGACUGGCACUUUCAGUGGCUCAGCAGCAGUGGGACUGAAGCAGAAGCUGAGAAUGUAGCUCUUCGGUCCUGACAGCAGCAUGAGUCAAGGGCAGCCCUGGGAUCACACUCUGGGUUCACCAGCUGCGAUGAGUUUUCAAUAGGCAUUGAUUUCUUCAUGUAUUUAUUAAAAAUAACCCCUGAGGAUGGAUGUCACUGGUAAAUAAAAUAAAGUUGCUUUUAUUUUCAGAUUAA